AACACCACACCACACGGAUCACAAGUUCACCGUCAACAUUUUCACAUUCACGCUUUUAAUGUUUGCAUUAUUUUCACACUGUCACCGUGAAAUACUGUAACUUGCUGUGCUUAAACACACAGCGCUGCUGCUGGAAUCUGCACAGUCAUUCAUCGGUCAGCUGACUGCGCAUGCGCGUUUUUAACCUCAACCGGAAACUCAGCAAAGUGCUAAAAACUUUUGUGAUUUUACAAGUAAAGCUACUGCACGGUUAGUGCUUUAGUAUCAGACAUGAGCCAUGUGGAACAAGUCUGGACCCUUCUGUGUUUUCCUAGCAUUCUCUGCAGUGUUUCUACACUGUGUGAAGUCUCCCGGUUUGGGAGUGUAUGAGCUGGUUCUGGACGGGACUUGGCACUUACAGAACUCUAAUGGUUCUGUGUCACUUGAGGCUCGAGUACCCGGAUGUGUUCAUACAGCACUGCAGCACCAGCAGCUUACUGAGGAUCCAUACUAUCGGUUUAAUGACCUGGUCUACAGAUGGAUCUCGCUAGAUAACUGGACGUAUACCACUUCGUUCUCUGUGCCUGAUCAUGUCAAAGAGAGUAGGAGAGCUGUUCUCCUAUUUGAAGGUGUGGACACAAUUUCCACUAUAUCUCUAAAUGGAGUCAUCAUCGGAAAGACAGACAACAUGUUCCGGAGAUAUGACUUUGAGGUUACAGGACUACUUAAAGAUGUUAAUGUUCUGGAAGUGUGGCUCAUGUCAGCCGUGACCUAUGCAGCAGAGCGAAGUCAAGCCCACACUUCAUACAAAGUCCCCCCAGAAUGUCCUCCUGCUGUACAGAAAGGAGAGUGUCACGUUAACUUUAUUCGAAAGGCACAGAGCUCAUUUAGUUGGGAUUGGGGGCCAUCUUUUCCCACUCUUGGCGUCUGGAAGGGUGUUCGUCUUCAGUCAUUUAAUACCCUUAGGCUGUUGAGCGUUAUCGCCACUCCAAAAUAUGACUCUGUCCUGUCAUGCUGGACUGUGGAAGCAGAGUUGUACUUUGAUGUUACUGCGGUCUCAGUGGGUGUCAUCCAUGUGUCUAUGCCACAGUUACAGUCCGAGGCAAAAUUUCCUCUUUUUCUCACACCUGAACGAAGCAACACCUCCGUACUCCUUCAGAUCAACCAGAAUGUGACAGUUGAUCUCUGGUGGCCCUUUGGACAUGGACAACAACCACUAAAGGAUCUUGUAAUAGAUAUCAACAUGGAGAAUGGAGAGACAUUUCAUGCAGAGAAACUGGUAGGUUUCCGUACUGUGGAGUUGGUACAGGAACCUAUUCCUGCUUCUCCUGGCCUCAGCUUCUACUUCCGUAUCAACGGGCAACCCAUUUUCCUGAAGGGUUCAAACUGGAUACCAGCUCAUGCCUUCCAGGACCAGAUUACUGCAGUCAAUUUGACUCAACUGCUCGUGUCUGCACAGAUGGCAAACAUGAAUGUUUUGAGAGUAUGGGGUGGUGGAAUCUAUGAACAAGAACUUUUCUAUAUUCUGUGUGAUCAACUAGGCAUCAUGGUUUGGCAAGACUUUAUGUUUGCAUGUGCGCUAUAUCCUACAGAUCAAGAUUUUAUUGACUCGCUGCGAGAAGAGGUCAUUCAACAGGUAAGACGGCUCAAGUCGCACCCCUCCGUGGUCCUCUGGAGUGGAAACAAUGAGAAUGAGGCGGCUAUAGCAGACAACUGGUUUUCUAUUCCUCCUGCUGAGAAGCCUCGCUAUGUGAAGGACUACAUUCAACUGUAUGUGGACAAUAUCAGAGAGAUUGUACUGCUGGAGGACAGCACAAGACCUUUCUUGGUGUCUAGCCCAACCAAUGGUGUGGAGUCUGAGAAAGAAGGCUGGGUGGCCCAGAAGCCCAGUGACACUCAUUAUGGAGAUGUCCACUUCUACAGCUACCUCACUGACUGUUGGAACUGGAGGACAUUUCCCCGUGCACGCUUUGCCUCUGAGUAUGGCUUUCAGUCCUGGCCCUCACUGUCCACCCUCAGUAAGGUGUCAGUUGCUACAGACUGGGAUUUCAACAGCAAGUUCUCAGAACAUCGACAGCACCAUCAAUCUGGAAAUCUGCAGAUGCUUCAGCAAGCAUCACUACAUUACAUCCUUCCCAACAACACAGACCUCAGGCAAAGAUACCGAGACACUAUAUACAUCACCCAGGUCAUGCAGGCAGUGUGUGUAAAAGCGCAGACAGAAUUCUACCGCCGCAGUCAGAGUGACAUUGUUGAGGGUGAAGGGCACACUAUGGGUACCCUCUACUGGCAGCUGAAUGAUAUUUGGCAGGCGCCGUCUUGGUCCUCUAUAGAGUUUGGUGGGAAAUGGAAAAUGCUACACUAUUUUGCCAUCCGUUUCUUCAAUCCACUCAUAGCAGUGGGGGUUGAAGAUAAAGGAGACUUGCUGAUCUAUGCUGUCUCUGAUGGGAACAAAGAUUACACUCUGAAAGUUACUGUGAAAUUAUACCAGUGGACCAGUUUUACUCCACAGUGUUCACUGGAGUCUGAUCAGAUAAUGGUGAAAGGGGGUGGGGUUACAAAGGUGUAUCAGUCUCCAGUCUCGACAGUGCUAACGAAUUGUGGAAAUUGCACUCGGAAAUCAUGUGUAGUCACCUUUGUGCUCAGUGACCCAGAAGGUGUAACAAGUCCCUCCAACCACCUGUUCCUCAGCUCACCAAAAGAUGCUGAAGGCCUCCAAAAACCCAACAUCACGUUCACUGUAAAGGAUACUGGGAGGAGGAUCAUGGUGAAUCUCUAUUGCUCAUCUCCUGCGCUGUUUGUAUGGCUGGAUGUGGACGACAUUCCUGGUUUCUUCGAUGCUAAUGGUUUCUUGAUGGUAUCUGAGAAAUACACUGUGUAUUUCACAAAAUGGGGAGCAGUCACCGUUCAGGAAUUCACUACCAAGCUGCACAUUACUUCCCUCCGAGACAUCUACUGAGUGCAUGUUGUGUUGGUGUGAAUGUCCAGACAUGUAUGCAGUGUGUUUACUGUUGUUCAUUAUUACCUCGCCCGCGACAGAGUAAGCGGGGCGAGGUAUUGUAAUCGGUUUGUUUUAUUUGUGUGUCUGUCUGUUAACAAUCUAGCAUCUACACGGUUGCACCAAUUGAUUUCAAAUUUUCAGGGUAGGUGGGCAAUGGUCCGUAGAUUACCUGAUUAAAUUUUGGGGGUAAUCGGGUCAAGGUCACCGGAAAGGUCAACCUUUUGGUCAAAAUAACAUUUUCAAUUAUAACUCAAAAAUGGUUGUCGAUAGACAAAUGUUUAUUAUAGGAACUCCCAUAUGGCCUUUCAUUUGGCACCAUGAUCUUUGACCUUGAAAGGUCAAACUCAAGGUCAUUGAUUUUCAGAGGGCUGUAACUUGAAACCAGUUGAUAGUAGACAGAUAUUUACCAUUAUCAACUUAUAGGAAGUGCCAUAUGGGCUUUCAUUUGGCACCAUGAUCUUUGACUUUGAGUGACCUUGAAAGGUCAAACUGAAGGUCAUGGGUUUUCAAAGGGCUACAACUUUAAAAUGGUUAAUGAUAGCCAGAUGUUUACCAUCAACAUACAGGACUCCUUAUAUGGGCUUUCAGUUCCUGCCAUGACCUAUGGCUUUGAAAUGUCAAACUCAAGGUCAUGGAUUUUCAUAGGACUAUAACCGGACAGCUGAUGGCUGAGAAAUAUUACCAUUAUCAACAUAUAGGUAUAAAAUAAGUGCUGCUAGGUGAGGUUUGUUUUGCCUGGCAACACUUGUUUUGAAUGCAUUGAUUCUGUACUGUGGGGUAUAGGGGGUAGUGUUGCCACCUCACAGCUCUGGGGUCCCUGUGAGCUCUGGGCUACUGUCUGUGUGGAGUUUCACAUGCGCUCCUGUGUGGAUUUCCUCCAGGUUCUUUGGUUUCCUCCCAUCUCCCAAAAAUACACUGUCAAAUAGGGGUACAGGAGGAGUUCAUAUCUGUCCCCCAGGGUACAAUCUACACUAAUGUACUCCCUAGGAUCGUUAAUGGACCUCAAGGUAGCCAUGUGUACCCUUUGUCGUGUCAAAAAGGUACAUAUACGAGGGCAAGUCAAAAGUUCUAAGACAGAUGCUAUAAUUUCAAAAGGUACGAAAGACAUUCCUCAGAAUUCUACAAAGAAGGAAUUCACCGCUUGCAGAAGUGUUUAGACUUAAGUGGAGGAUAUGUAGAGAAAUAGCUUUAUUUUCAUAAUUUUUUUCUUUUUUUCAAUUAGGACUUUUUGACUUACCCUCGCAUGUUCCCAAGCAGUGUAUAUAAAGGGUACAAGAAGAAGAAGCCUUUAUCACACGUACACUCAAGCACAGACUUAAGAACACAGUGAAAUUCCUCCUCUGGAUUUAACCCAUCUGAAGCAGUGAACACACACAUGCACACUAGGGUUAUGACUGUGAAAGUCUCAUCUCAUUAUCUCUAGCCGCUUUAUCCUGUUCUACAGGGUCGCAGGCAAGCUGGAGCCUAUCCCAGCUGACUACGGGCGAAAGGCGGGGUACACCCUGGACAAGUCGCCAGGUCAUCACAGGGCGACUGUGAAAGUGUUUUUUCAAAAUUUCUACUUUCCUGAUGUUGCAUUUGGUGAACUUUUACUCAUAUAUAACUUUUUUGAAGUUAUUUUUAUUGGGUCAUGCAAAAACCUCCCGCACCCAACAUCACCUCACUUUUGAUAAAUACGUUGCCCGAGCGCGAGAAUCCUGGAUGGAGGGAUGAUUUCAAGUUCCUCUUUGAACUCUGUGAAGCAUACAAGUUUUACCAAAAAGAAGUAAAAUGGCCUCAAAUCAAAUGGUGCAAACUGCCUUCACUUCACAGUGCCAGAUGGAAUUCAAGAGGAAUUUUUGCAUUAAUUGCCUUUUUCCUCCUUUCCAAGUGGAGAGAGAACUUGUAACUCAUUUGCAAUUUCAUUGCAACCACAUGGGCACAGGUCUGGUUUUCUAAUCGGCACUAUUCACAGAAUGUUUACGAUUACCUGCUUUCGGCCAUCUCAGAACUUAAGUGUUCCAAAGCUGUGAAAUGCUUCACCAUUCAUUGGGUAAAGGAACCUUCAUUGCUUGAUGUGCCUCGCUCCAAUAUAGUGGCUGAGCGAGGUGUAAAGCUGAUGGAGCAGAUCCAUGCCACUUGCAAAACUGACAAAUAUCUGAACAGUAAAUUUAUCAACACUAAUUCAGACAUUUGAAACCCUUUGCUGCAGAUCUUCAAUAAUAUAUUAUUUCUAACUUCUGCCAAUGUACUGGUUCGUUUUGAAAAUAUAUUUGGUUUACAGACAAUUCUAUGACUUAAUUUGCUGUUUUAGCAAUGUGAGGCUUUUGUGGGGUUUGCAGGAGUCAUUUUUUGUUGUUUAAAUAGUAAAUUACUUAAGGUGCGGGAGGUUUUUUCAAUGUAUGAACAAAAGUUUAUUUUUGUGAGUUUUAGGCUAAAGUUCAUCAUUUAAACCCACAGGCUUAAAAAUCUAAAAUUAGUCAUAACCCUAAUGCACACGCAAGUGAGUAAUGAGCACACACAUACCCAGAGCAGUGGGCAGCUAUGCUACAGCACCCAGGGAGCAGUUGGGGGUUAGGUGCUUUGCUCAAGGACACUUCAGCCUUACCUCAGGUCAUGGCUGCCCCAUGUUAGAACUUUGAACUGUGGGGGAAACCAGAGCACCCGGAGGAAACCCACACAGACACAGGGAGAACAUGCAAACUCCACACAGAAAGGCCCCUGUUGGCUGCUGGACUCAAACCCAGAACCUUCUUGCUGUGAGGUGACCGUGCCAACCACUACACCACUGUGCCACCCGUGGCCUAACUUGGAGCAGGGUGACCAGACAUCCCCAUUUUUAACCAUGAUCGACAGACCCGGAAAAAUACCAGACCAAAACAUCUACCAGAUUUCAGCAGACGCCUUGCGUAUUGUCUUGUGGAUCUCAGGCCGAUAGCAGAGAUGUUCUAGAACACCUCUGGUGAUAGCCUUUCCAGUAUUUUGAUUGGUGGAGCUGAGGAACAUUUUUAGCGGAGCGCAACUGGAGCGGAUUUGGGGGGGGGCACACUAAGUUUGAAAGUUCCUAUUUUUAAAACAUAUUUUUGAUAUGGUAAUUUUCUUUCAGAGAUUUCAUUGACGACGUGUCUCUGACAGCUCAAAAUGCAUCUCUGGGCAUUUAAAAACUGCAGAGCUUCUGGGGGCUUCUGGCAGCCCCCGGACUCCCAGCCUUACUGGGUUGAUGCCCCCUCCCCUUCCCAUUUUCCUGGCUCCGCCCUGCACUAGAAUCUUUGCCUAAACUAAAGUCAUUCAUUCAGCUUUGACAGAUCACUUCAUCUGCUCCUGGACAGGUGAACCAUUGUCUUUUCUUGUAGGCCUAAGUGACAUUGUUUGUCAUCUAUGUUAUUUAGCCUUUAAAUGUGUAAGCUACAGUUUGCAAUAUUGUAUAUGACAUAACAUUGCUUGUCACACUGUAUUGAGAUGUAGCGGUUGACCUAACAAACCGUAGCCUACUGCGGCCAAUGCUAGUAGGAGAAAGCUCGGUGCAGCGCCAGUCAGCCAGCUGAAGUUGUUGCUAGAUGUAGCGUUGCUGUAACAGAAAUCCAGCUGGGGUAAAAUUGUAACAGUUCAACGGCAUAAGCUAACUUGCACACAAAUUGGUGUUAUUCCACAGAGUAGCUGGCUAUGUAAAGCUGUAAGUUUAUGGUAAUGCAACCAAAGUGUUAGUAACUUUUUGUUUAAUUUUUUUUGUGAUGUGUAGCGGACGACGCAUUUUAAUGAAGGCUACUCGUUUAGGCUCGGUCGUCAAUUCAGCUAUGGCUACAAUUUAGGCUAUGGGAGAUCAGGAAUCAUUUGUAUCCUCAAUAAUAAUAAGUGACCAUACCUUAAAAUUGCUUCGAUUGAAGUAAAAUGUUCAUUUAAA